AUGGUCACCAAGUACUCCAAUAUCUGUCCCGAUAACUACGUGUCUCCUCCUUGUGACGAGCAGACUGCUGCCCUGUCUUCUGUGGCUUCGGCUACUUCUGCUGCCGACGCUGCUGCUAAUACCGGCCCUGCUAGAGCUCCCUCCGUCACCUCUCCGACGCUGCUGUCGCCGCUUCCGUCCAUCCGCGACUCGCUCACAGACGCCUUGGCCUCCUCCAUCUCAGCAUCCUACGGUGACCUACCUUGA